AUGGCAGAAUCACACAGCGCUAAAUCAGAUAAUCCUAGAAAAGUGCGAAUCGUCGGCAAAGUAAGGGGUUUAACCGACGAAGAAUCGGAAACCCUGAGUCACGAUUCAAACCCCUGGAUUUCAGUUCAAACGGCACCUGGAAAAGGCGUUUCAGAGAUAUCUACGGUCUUUCUCGACAGUCGAAGGGAUGGGUAUGAGCUGGACUAUUGCUAUCAACAACACGAAGAAAUUAAUCAGAUAUAUUCAAGAGAGAUAAAACCCCUGAUUUUAGAGAUUUUUGAUGGCCUGAGUAUAUCAGUGAUCGCUCUAGGAGCGCGAGGAAGUGGCAAAACUUACUCCAUACAGGGGUGUCGAGAGAAACCAGGUCUAGCUGUGAUUGCAAUGUCGGAAAUCCUUUCCAAAGCAAAGGAAUUAGGCAAGUCAGUUUCUAUCUCCCUCUAUGAACUGACACAAGAGCAUUUGAAAGAUCUUUUAAACCCCGACAAUCAUGCCAUUCAAAUACUAGAAGAUGCUCAAGGCAAAGUCAACCUUAAAGGACUUUCUCAGGUCCCCGUGAGCAGUAUUACAGAAUUUUAUAAUAUAUACUUCGGUCAAACGAGUUCUAGGUGUACUCAAUUGAAACCAACGGAUUUGCCACACAGCAAGGGCUUGAUAGUGCACCUACCAUCUGAAGACGACAAACUUAAAUCAAAGUCGGGAAACAAGAUUAAUUUCGUUGAUUUAGCAGCUUACGAGGAUCCUAGAAACAGUUGCGGUAGUUUUGAGAACAACAAUUUGUUGUAUGCAUUACUGGAUGUUGUUAGGGCUAUUAACUCAAACGAGACUUGGGUACCAUAUCGGGGAAGUAAACUCACUCGAAUCUUACAAGAUCCGCCUGGUGGCAGAAGUCAAGUAUUACUUCUCACUUGCUUGGUAUGUGUUUGGAGCUCUACCUUAAUUGUCUUUGUCUCAGUCAUUUGA